ACUGUUUAAAAAUUAAAUGUUAGAUUUAUACAUCUACAAAGCUAAUAUUUGUUUGUUAUUUUUAAAGUGAACAUUUUGUUGGGUUCCUGCCAAUACAUUAUUUUUAUUUUUAAUGUUUAUAUUUAAAUGUAUUGGUUUCAGUGGGUCGGUUCUUUUCAUUAAAAAAUAUAAUUACACAAAGAAGCAUAUAUGUAAAUGAAAAAAAUCAAUACUAAAGAUUGUCUUUUUUUAAGAAUGAGCAUGCGUGGAAUUAACUACUUCCUGACACACCGGAAGAGACCUUACUCACCGGAAGUUCCGAAUUGCGACGUCGAAACGAGCAUAAGAGUAGUCAGAGAAUGUUUUGAAUGAGUUUAUAUCGUUAUUUAUACUAUUUGCAUCAUUCUUCAAUACGUUUCAAACGUAUUAUCAAUUUUGAAGAAGUCGGUGGAUAAUUUAUUCGUGCCUGAAUGGAUCCAACAGAAACCCCUCUCGAAAAGGAAGACAUAACAUCCUCUUUUCUAGACAUAAGAUCCAGAGUACGGGAAGACCAGCUGGAAUUGUACGAUUACUUCUACGGAUUUCUCCAUGAGAAAGACCCCGUAGAAUCCACCCUAUUCAGGAGAUUGUGUAACAUUAGUACUAUUCCUUUUGAUCAAGAGAACACCCAAGAGAUUAAUGCUAAAUUGAAUGAGGUGUUCCCACCCGAGGAGGAUGAAGUGAAAGGAAAGGCAGCAAAGAGUCAGCAGAAGAAACUGCGAAUGAAGGAAAGAAAGCGCCUGAAGAAACUGGAGAAGACAAAGUCCAACGUGGAGGAGGAGGAGGAUAAUACCGAAGUUGUGGACAAAAUGGAGCACAACAUAGCUAAACCAUCAACUUCAGCUAAUGACUUGCCCCCCGAUGAUUGUGAGGGACUGGAUAUGAAAAGUUCUUUUGUGAACAACGCUGCCCAACGAGUUCAGGGCAAGAUGGAUCAGAAGCCCAAGUCAGAGAAAAAAGAGAAAAAGAAGCCUCCACCCAAAAGUGUACCCCCCCAAGAAGGUGACAAGGCUGAGAAUGAGGCUUGUGACGUUGCUUGCGAAGACAACAUUGAGAUAAGCAACAAAAUUGCUGUUAUCGGCAAUGACUGCGCUAGUGCCGGGCGCUUUGAUGCGGCGGUGCAGAACUUUACCAAGGCAAUCCAGUACAAUCCUACGGAGUACAAGUUCUAUGGAAAUCGUUCCUUCUGUUUUGAGAAGCUGAAGAAAUACGAGCAGGCUCUUGCCGAUGCCGAGGUGUCCCUCAACUUGUGCCCAGGCUGGACUAAAGGUUUCUUUAGGAAAGGACGGGCUUUGGCCGGUUUAGAGAGACACGAGGAGGCUGCCCAGGCCUUCCAGGAAGUUCUACACCUGGACAGCACUUGUAUCGAGGCUUCCCAGGAAAUGAUGAAAGAACAGAUAAAGCAUCUAAUGGAGGACGGCUACACGUGGACACAGUGCACCAACGCCUUACUGCUACACGGUACAGUCCAGAAAGCGAGGGAACUGCUGAACGAGUUGCGUUCAAGUGAGUUGAACAUGGCCGGAAGCAGACCGUCUCUGCCGGAUGCUGCAGUUGGGAUGUCCAGGGGGCCUGUGGAGCUGUUCCCAAUCUGGGUGGGGAACUUGAGCGUUUCAGUGACCGGGUGGAUCCUCAACAAGCUGUUCAGCAAGGCUGGCUUUAUUCACAGCAUCAAGGUCCUGACCUUCAAACAAUGCGCCUUCAUCAACUUCACACAACAGGAGAGCUGCCAAGACGCCAUAAACAGAUUUCACGGCUAUGAGUUGAUGGGCAACCGGAUCAGCGUUCGAUACCCAGACAGGAUGCCAGUGGGCAUGGGCAUCUCCAAGUUGGCCCUCAAGGCUCGAGACGUCCGCAACGACAGUUGCAACUUGGAAAAUGCGAGUGGAGGCUACUACGGACACCCUAACAGAGUGCCCCCAGACUCCAGAGGCUAUCCCAAACACUAAACUGCCCAAGUGAUAUUGUCGUUUCUCUACGUAUUUACUGUUUUUAGCAUGUUGAAUCUAGACUAAACCAAAGACAUUCUAUUUUGUUUCUGACGGACUACAGGUGGUCUUCAGGUUAUGAAUGAAUGGACUUUGAUAUGUUGAGUUUACGUAUCAGUCGGAUCUUAUAGCAAAACGAAAACCUAAGUCACUCGCACUGGACACAGAAAUCAUGAAGGACAUGUAAAAUAUAGAAAUAAAAACAUUAUAUACAAGAAUUAAAUGAAAAGAAGUAAUUGAAAAAGAGACCAUUCCUGCGUGAAUAUCUGCUCUCGUGAUAACUCGCCUUAACUUGUGGGGUUUUUUUUGGUGCCAAAUACAAACCAGUAUAUUUUUUCCAUGUUUAUGAUUAUUACAUAGUGUUUAAUUAAUCUGUAUUGUUGUUUGUUCUUGGAGUUUACAAUGUAUAGCGAUAUUUUCCAAAUGGUCUCUGUAACCGUUAUCAGUUUCUUGUAUUGAUAUGACGCCGAUGAUGAUGAUGAUAUGAGAGUGCCCAUGUGUUUGCGGUAUCUGCGGCGUCCGGAAAAAAAAAGUGGGACCCCAAACGGAUUCUUUCCGUUGUGCCAUACGGCUGACGGAGCCGGAGCAGCACCGCACAGAGCUAGUAUGAGCCUACAACAGGCAUUUCAAUCUUCAAUAUUUUUAUGUGUACUGAAUCAACAUAAGGCUCACUAGGAUGUUAAUUCUGGUCUUCCAGCCUAUAAUAAGAUCACUUUCCCUGAGUGAAUUUCCACCAGGAGAGCCUGCCUUCGGUUUGGGAGACACAAAGAAGUGCAAAAAAGGUAAUUAAUAAGCGAUGUUUCAAAAUCUCUGUAGUGCACUGUUUUCAUAUGCAUCAUGCGAGACAAAUCAUAAACGGCAUCCUUGCAAGCGUGUAAGUCGUUCCAAUAUUGCGUUUUUAAUGACUUGAUGGGAGCGUGUUUGUAAAUCACUAAACACCCUAACAUAGAAGAUUGUAACCAGACGACCACCUGUACUUUUGUGUUUUUAUGUGACUUUAAUUGAGCCAUUGUUGCCUUUUAUACUCAACAAAAAUAUACAACUCUUUUGUUUUUGCUCCCAUUUUUCAUGAGCUGAACUCAGAAAUCUUAAACGUUUUCAGUAUUGACAGAAUCUGUUAGUGAGCGUUCAUAAUUCAUUCUCUAUUGAUUAUUAUCCCUUAUUAGCACCCCAGGAACACAUGAUUAGGGUUGGGGCUUGAGCAUUGACUAACAUUCCAAUUCUGGGAUUGUGAAAAUGUUUUAAUUUAGAUUUCUACUGUAGUUUUGAUGUCCUGUCUGCCAACUAGAAAUCGGCAAAGAAAAAAUAGUAAGCAUUAGUAUACAGUAGUUCCUUAUGAGGGUCGCCGGGGCUGCUGGAGCCCAUCCCAGCUGUCUUCGGGUCAGGGGCGGACUGGUCGUCAGCCAAUCACAGGGCACAUAUAGAAACCGGAGUACCCGGAGAAAAACCAUGCACGGGGGGAGAACAUUCAAACUCCAUACAGAGAUAGCGAGGGUGGAAUUGAACUCGGGUCUCCUAGCUGUGAGGCCUACAUGCAAACCACUCCUCCACCGUGCAGCCCUGGUUAGAUUUUAUACAUAGGUUAAAUGUUUUAUCGUAAGACAGAGAUCAUGUUUACCUGUAACUUGCAUGCUGAAAAAGUGUGUGCACCCCUGAUAUACAUUGCACAUAAACACUAAUAUAUAAAUAUAGUAACUCUAUUACAAAUUGGUAUAUUUAUAAAUAUAUUUAGUAUGUUUACAGUGUGUUAACCCCUACACAUAAACAGGAUAUGUGUACUGUUUUCCAAAAUAAAUGUCAAGGUAAACUUUAUUAUCUCCAAAGGGGAAAUUUGUUCUACAGCCAGCUAUAUCACGCUGAUAUAAAUAAAUAAAUACAAAAUUAAAAACAAUAAAUACAAUAGCAACACCAACAUUAUAAACGGUUAUUCAGCAGAAUAGUGGCUGCUGGAACCAAAGAGUUAUUAUUAUUGGUCCAACAUGUUGGAACACUGUAUCUUUGACCCAGAGACCUAGUGGAAAGAAACUUAAUAACAUUUAUAUUCAAGUUGAAUGGUUUGAUAUCGAUAUAUAUAUAUAUAUAUAUAUAUAUAUAUAUAUAUUCUGGUAGAAAAUAGCCUUGUGAGAAAUUCAUUGAAAAGUUCAUACAUUUCAAUCUUAAAAGGAAUUGGUACCAGAAUCGUCCAACUCGAACGACUGAACGAACUGAAAUAGCCUAGCAAGAAAUGCAUUCUUUGCAUUCUGAAAUACAAAAUAUGGUUUUGUUGUUGUUUGUGCCAUUCAUCCACUACCAUCACCUCAUGCUUCAACAUGAUAAUGCAUAGCCCCAUAGUCCUAGGAUCUGUACGCAAUUCUUGGAAGCUCACCAGACACGUCACCUAUUCAGUAUUUUUGGGAUCAAUAGUGGUCACACCAAAUACUGCCUGGUUUUCAACCCCCUUCCUCUUUAAAAAGGCCUUUUAUUGUGGCCAAUCUAAGGCGCACCGUGUGCAAUAAUUGUCCUGUCUAGUCAUCGUCUUGAUUAUGCCAUACCUGUGAGAUAUUGGAUAUUGGUCAGUAACACAUAUUUAGCCAGAUCGGUGAACAAUAUUUAAGCGAGAGGGCAUUUGUGUACAUUUGUUCAGCUCGUGAUAAAUGGUAUCAAAAGAAUUAGAAUUUAUUAUUAUAGUUAUAGUUCCGUCCAUUUAACCGUGUUCUACAAUCCCUCACAAUUGUGAUGCUGCAGCAUUUUUUUACUAUAUUCAAAUAACAAUGGAGAAUAUUAUAUGUUUGUUUGAUUUAAAGGCACACCUUAAUAUUCUGUUCAUGUACGUUCAUAUUGAACAUUUUCAGUUGUAUACAAACGCAAUGUGUUUUUGUGCUGCUUUUUAAAAAUUAUACAAUAUAUAUUGAACAUUUAAUUGACAUUCUAACCUGUGCAGUAUACCUUUUUUCGAUUGCUUCAAUAAACACAAGUUGAAAAAAAAAAUACAUGAAGAACUGAGUGAAUGUAUUAGAUAUUUUAAAUGUGAAUGAUUUUAGUUUUAAAUUAUAUAGCACUACACAAUGAUGAUGUCACAGAUUUCACUAUUCUGGGCACUAGAGGGCAGCAAUGACAAUAUCAAGUUAUUUUUCAGCCAAUAGCGUGACCUGACUGACCCACGGAAAGGUCACACAGUCUUCUGACAUUUUUGUUAUACAUUGAAUGUUAUGUUUCCGUGUUCUAUAUAUUCACAUGUUCUAUGUGGUCUAGCCUUGGAACUAGUACAUUUCAAGUACAGACACAGUUAUGUGUGCGUGUUAUUUGUGUACUACAGUAGUUGUAUGUGUUCAUUUUCUAAUAAUGUAAGACGUCUGCAUCUUACUGUCCUGUGCAAUAUGCACUAUAUGUUCUUGAGUAAAACCAGGAAGUAUGGAGUGUAUAAUUUGUCUUUCAAAUACACAGCGGAGAGCUAAAAAUAGCCGCCUCCAAAUAUAGCGCGUCACAUUUGAACUUCCUCUCAAAUUCCUGCCGUCACUUAUCAUCUUCAUCAUUGGUGUUAUGUUUGUGAUUAAACAACCCGUCCCCACAGCACACUAACAGCAUCUAACAUGUCAUAUUCCCAAAAAUACAAACUAAUACAAAAGAACGGCCCAGUAUGACCUCCAUUACGGCACUAAUUGACGUGCCCAUCGGAAUUCAUCUUGAUAAAAAUAAUUUAUUUCAAGGUCAAACCGCCAACAUUAGAAAUGGUAUAAUUCUCUCUUGCUGCAUCAUGGAUCCAACAUCUUGCUUUAGCUCGGUAGCUUGCUAUGCUUUAUUGUCAUCACAUUUUUCUCAUAAUAUAUUCACAUUUUUUUACCUUUAUUUUAUAUUUUUCUACUUUUAACGUUCAUUCCUGCAAAACGACUUACUUUAUUUUGGCUAAAUUACUUUUUUCCUUGUCAUCGUGUAGCAAAUUUCAUCAUAUUUUGACUUUAUUUGCGUUAUAUAGUAUGCCUUUAUUGUCAUCACAUUUUUCUCAUAAUAUAAUUCAAAUUUUUUUUACCUUUUAUUUUAUAUUUUCCUACUUUUAACGUUCAUUCCUGCAAAACGGCCUACUUUAUUUUGGCUAAAUUACUUUUUUCCUUGUCAUCAUAUAGCAAAUUUCAUCAUAUUUUGACUUUAUUUGCGUCAUAUAGUAGGCCUUUAUUGUCAUCACAUUUU